ACCGCAUUUUUCUGUAAGUUUUGCAAAUUUAUUAAAAAAAUACACAAAUUGAAGCGAUAAUUAACUUGAAUUGAAAAAUUGAUAAUUCAAUGAGUCUUCCGACAGAUUUCGGUCCGGAUUCUGGUGGCAGAAUAAAAGGGCUUACAGUGGUUAAACCGAUAGUGUACGGUAACAUUGCCCGGUAUUUCGGCAAAAAACGUGAGGAGGACGGCCAUACUCAUCAAUGGACGGUAUACGUCAAGCCGUAUACCAAUGAGGACAUGUCUAGUUACAUCAAGAAGGUACACUUCAAACUGCACGAGAGCUACGCCAACCCAAACAGAAUUGUAACGAAGCCACCAUAUGAGCUCACAGAAACCGGCUGGGGAGAGUUCGAGAUUGUCAUCAAACUGUACUUCCAUGACCCUAAUGAACGACCUGUUACUUUAUACCAUAUACUCAAGUUAUUCCAAUCUCCGGUGACAGAAGGCACACCACCAGUAGGCCGCACACUAGUCAGCGAGUCCUAUGAGGAGAUUGUGUUCCAAGAGCCCACACAGUUGAUGCAACACCUACUGAAUAAUGUCAAACCCAUUACUAACGGACAAUGGACACAUGAGACUAAUUUUGAAGAAAAAAAAGAAAAAACAUUGGAGAAAAUUGUAGUAGCUCAAACUAAAGUUAGGUCAGAGAUAUCAGAAUUGAAGGAAAAGUUACAUCUUGCAAAGGAGACAAUAGCCAAAUUCAAGGAAGAAAUAUCUAAAUUGCAAAAUAAUCCAGGUUCAGGUAUUUUAACAAGUGUAUAAAAGUGAUUUGAAAACAUCCAUUUAUGCAAGACUGAAAGUGGCAGAGUUCAACUAAAAAUACAGAUUGCUGAUGUAUAUUAAAGAAGAAAUCAGUUUAACUAAGCAAGCCACGAAUAUCCAAGACCUAUAAUAUGUAAGUUAU